AUGCCUGAAGACCACCAUGGCGACACAGACGACGAAGCGCUCUUCGCCUCCCUCGAAAACGAGGAAGACACAAACUACAACGAGGCCCGAAUCCAACAACUAAAUGCCGAACUCGCAGCUCAAAAAACCAACCGCUCCACCAAAGCCGGUAACCACGUCACAAAAGAAGACACAUACCCAACUUUAAAAGACGACCAGGGUGUAUUGAACUUCACGACCGAAAAAACGCGCUGCAUAGUACAUUUUGCCCAUGAUGACUUUGCCCGGUGUGCGAUGAUGGAUGCACGACUUGAAGAGCUAGCAGGACGACAUUACGAGGUGAAAUUUGCACGGGUGGAUGUGCGGAAUACGCCUUUUUUGGCAGAGAAGCUGGGUAUAAGGGUUUUGCCUUGCGUUAUUGGGUUUAAGGAUGGGGUUGGUGUUGAGAGGGUUGUUGGAUUUGAGGGGUUGGGUGUCGGGGGGAUGGAUGGGACGGAGGCAGGGUUUAGUGUUAAGGUUUUGGAGAAGAGGUUGCUUUUUAAGGGGGUUUUGGUGCAGGCGAAGUUUUCGGGAGAUGAUGAUGAGGAUGAGGGGGGUAGUGAGGAUGAUGAUGGGUUUGAUGUGAGGAAAGGCAAGGGGACGAGGUUGAAGAGGAAGGGAAUUCAGAGUGGGAAGGUUGGAAGAUAUGAUGAUGACGAUGAUGAUUGGGAAUAA